CUACUCUCUCGCCUCAACAGAUUCUUUCAAAUUCAAAUCAUAUGCUGCAAUCGUUCCACAUGACCGCAGCAGCCACCCUUUGCUAUAACCCAUGUUACAAUUUUUCGAGGACAAAUCAGCCUAAACAAAGAUACUUAAGAAACAAUUCAUUUUCUCCUAAUUUGUCUACUUCAAGAUCAUUCACUUCUGGGUUUCUUCCUUUCAAACUCUGCAUCAAAACUGCGAUGGAUGGAAUUGUAAGAACGGCUGCUCACAGAGAUGGAACGACUGAUGAACAUAUUGAAGUGCUUGAACAAGAAGCUUUUGUUGGUAGGCCAUCUGAAUUGCAGCAAAAGUAUUUCUUCCAGGAGGUGGAAUCAACUCUUAAUCGACUGACAAAGUGGAUAGUAUCUGCUCUCUUUGGUGUUUUCGUUAUUUGGAGGCAUGAUGCAGAAGCCCUGUGGUUUGCAGGGGGAUCUGUUGUAAACGCAGUGCUUUCUGUUUUACUCAAACAAAUACUGAAUCAGAAACGACCUUCAACCGUGAAAUCUGAUCCUGGGAUGCCUUCUUCACAUUCUCAAUCCAUCUUCUUUGCUGUCAUGUUUAUUAUCUUGUCAAGUGUUGAAUUGUUAAAAGUCAAUGCAUUCACCAUUACUAGCAGUGGCCUGGCUUUGGCAUUUGGUUCUUAUUUGUCAUACCUUCGGGUGUCGCAAAAACUUCAUACAGUGAGCCAAGUGGUUGUUGGAGCUGUUGUUGGGUCCAUUUUCUCUAUCCUGUGGUAUUGGCUAUGGAAUGCUUUUGUGCUUGAUGCUUUUGUAUCCUCUUUGUGGGUCAGAAUCGUUGUUGUUUUGGGGUCUGUAGCAUUUUGCAUAGGUUUUCUUUUACAUGUGAUUCGCCAUUGGCUUAAAGACGAAUGAAACUUGAUUAAAAUGUGUUAUACCAUCAACAUUGUAUAUUUGUAUCAAGCUGUAACUGCAAGGACUAAGGCAUUGUAUUAUGAUUCAUUGUAAAGUAGAAUUUUUACAAAAUCUCUUUUCAUCAAUUUUUUUUACAAA